AGUUAAUUUAGAUUUCAUUCGCCAGACACAGGCAGUGAGUGUGUUCAGUGUACUUGGUGAUUGCUUAGCUAUUAAUAAUUCAACCUGAUGUCGUGAUAUGUGGUUUCCUACCAAGCUCAUCUUCUCGGAGGCUUGUAGACAUCAUUAAUUCCAUUCUAGAUGGUACCAUUGUCACCACAGGAGAAUUUUCUGCCUGUUGUACAUUUACUCAACAUCUAGAGUAAACCGUGGCAAUCAUUCUGUGUUUGUCAAGGGUGUUUUUAAAGAAGUCACAGUAUUUGAAAGCAUCCAGGCUAAAGUGAAAAAAUACCUGUGACUAUGUGUUGUUAUACUUAAAUGAAGAUUUGAAGGCAGUGACAUUGGCAAAGGAAACUAAAACAGGGCUGUUAAUAAACGUCCAGUUUUUAAAAUAUUUUUUCUUGCUUUGGAAUAAAGUUACUUAAUUUACAUGUUCAAGAUGGUAUUUGGAAGAACCAAGUCUCAGAGUCGACAGUUACAGAAAGCAGACCCUGAGCAGCUGUACACAAAGCUUGAGAAAAUUGGGAAAGGUUCGUUUGGCGAGGUGUUCAAAGGAAUUGACAACAAGACGAAAGAAGUGGUUGCCAUCAAAAUCAUUGAUCUGGAAGAGGCAGAAGAUGAGAUAGAAGACAUCCAACAGGAGAUAACAGUUCUCAGUCAAUGUGACUCACCAUUUGUCACCAAAUAUCAUGGAUCAUAUUUGAAAGGAACAAAAUUAUGGAUUAUAAUGGAAUAUCUGGGAGGUGGUUCAGCCUUAGAUCUGAUGAAAGCAGGAACCCUUGAUGAAGUGUACAUUUCAACGAUUCUGAGAGAAAUCCUAAAGGGACUAGAUUAUUUACAUUCUGAACGGAAGUUACACCGGGACAUAAAAGCUGCAAAUGUACUAUUAUCAGAGAAUGGAGAUGUGAAACUGGCUGAUUUUGGUGUUGCUGGACAACUGACGGACACACUCAACAAGCGGAACACGUUUGUAGGCACACCGUUCUGGAUGGCCCCGGAGGUCAUCAAACAGUCGGCAUAUGAUUCAAAGGCUGACAUUUGGUCACUAGGCAUUACUGCAAUAGAACUUGCCAAAGGCGAGCCACCGAAUUCAGACCUACAUCCCAUGAGGGUACUAUUCCUAAUUCCGAAAAAUAACCCUCCACAACUUGAUGGGUCCUACUCAAAAAAUUUUAAAGAGUUUGUAGACUCUUGUCUUAAUAAGGAUCCAAAAUUUCGCCCGGCAGCUAAGGAUCUUCUUAAGCACAGGUUUAUCAAAUCAGCAAAGAAGACCUCCUACCUUACAGAAUUAAUAGACAGAUUCAAGAAGUGGAAGGCUGAAGGCAAUGAAAGUGACUCUGAUUCAGGCUCUGAAAAUGAGGGGGAACCAUUAGGUGGCAAUAAUAAUACAUCCGCUGAUUGGAUAUUUGAUACGGUCCGUAAUGGACCAGGUGCAGUUGUCAAUCAAGUACCGGCCAAUGAUGAUGAGCGGAGGCCAAAACAACCCAAGUCAGAAAACUUACACACCUUGUUGAUGCCAUUAUUGGAAGAGUUGUCAGGAACACGAGAAGGAUCAGCAGCAAUUCAAGAGUUAGGUAAUGCAUUUGACCUAGCGGAGGAAUCCAGUCCUGGUAUAUGUGACAAACUUGUGGAGAGAGUCGUCCACAGAGUCCAACAAAGUGGUGCAAGCAAAUCAGCCAAGGUGAAAUAACCAAUAGUUUGUGACCACAAGACCAGCCCAGAAUAGACCUAGUGUGAACCAGCCUCCUGCAGUUAAGCCAAGGCUCAGAGUAUACUUAGUGUGAACGCCCUUCAUAAGAUAGCAGCAAUAAAUGGUUUAAACAUUAGAAGAAAUGUUGUCAUGGAAAAAGUGUUUUAACAUAAUAAAUGCAGACUCUUAACUGAUAUAUCCAAGAUAAACGGCUCAGUUUUAGUGAUUAUUUGAUUUACUAAAUGUGGAUUGGUUUUGAGCUGUGAUGCAGACUAACAAAUGGUAUUUCUUCAGUCGCUUUUGAAUGUAAAUACAAUGUUGUUUCAUUGGGAGCACUCUAAAGUUAUUUUCUAUACAUUGCUGAACCCCAACAUAUCCUCCUACGUGCAGUGAGCGAUAUGUUGGUUGCUGCCUCUACGGUACUGUGUACACAUGCCCGGUUGCUAUGGCAAUGAUACUUAGGUACUUAUAGCUAUCAUAAUCUGAAUCGGUAUCAUUCCAGAAAAAAAGAUGUAGGAUUUAUACUAUAGUAAUAAAAAGUAUAGUAGAGUUUAAAUUUAUUCCAAUUGUGUUAGUAGAAAUAUUGAUUGUAACUAUGAUGUUGAAAUAAUCCCUUUGAAAAAAAAACAACCAAAUUGUAUGAACAUCCAUGAAAAUAUUAAUAGAUGGUUCCUCUACAUUGGGAGGAGGAAAGAAGGGGAUUUACUGCAAUUGAUGAGGAUCUAAAUUGACCUUUAACCCACCUUAGAUGAUAGUAGAUGUACAGACCCACCCAACGUUUAAAGUUUGUUUUAAACACAUGGUAUCAUUGUAUUAUGCUUCAUUUUAAGUCUUUAUUUGUUAAGUAAUUCUUUUCAAUAGCAACCACUGAGAUAUAUCUUGAUCUGUUUUAAAUCUUGUUCAAAAUCUAUGGGUGUGUUUCUACUGGUAAAAAAUCGAUUCUCGGAACAAGUUCUUUCACACACUUAAAAAAGAAAGAAUUCUUUUGUGUGCAUUGAAUAAAUUCUUGUCCAGCAGGCUAAGUAUUUCUUAUGGAACAGUUUUUAGUCCUUAUUUUGGUGAUCAAUCCAUUUACCAAUGAUAGAAACCAUUUGAAUUAUCAGUAGAAACACAUUGUAAGUGAUAUGGGCUUUUACACAGAGUGGUUGCACCUUCUGUUCUUCGGUUAUAAUGAUAUUCAUUCAGCUCUUACUCAUUACCUCAAUGAGGUACUGUACACCCCCCUAUCCUCAAAAACAUAGAAAGGAAAAUCUUGUGUGAGUUUAUGAUAAAAGUUCCAGACACCAGCACAAAUGACUUGGUUUAAAAAUAUCUUUGGCACAAACAUUUGAAGUGAAUGAAUUAUAAUUAGGUUGUCAUUAUUUGUAUGUUCCUCCAACUGGGGAUGGUGAUAUUAAUUUGUAAUAUGGUCCCAACAGUAAGGUAUACCUAAGAUAAAUUGUUUGACAUUUCAUCCUUCAUAUGCCUCUUUCUAUCUAGGACUGUUUCAAUAUAUUGUAUAUACAUCUAUGAAUAUAAACAAACAAGCAAGUAUGUAAAUAUUAUUUGUAUUAAACUUUGGUGAUGUUAUAGAAGGGAGAUGAGUAAGACAUUUCUUAGAAAUUGGUGCUUAGAUGGAAGUGAAUUAAAGGUAAUGAUGUCAUGAUAUAAGCAGUGAUGAUGUCAUAACAUUGAUGACAUCAUAAGAUGUUAAGGAAAUUUAAUGCUGUGAUGACAUACGCUAUGAUGUCAUGAUAAGCAGCGAUGAUAUAGAUGUUAGGAUACAUGAAGGUUGUUAUCUCAUAAUUUUAUGCUGCGAUGUCAUUGUGAGCAGUGAAGAUGUCAUUAUAAGCAGAACUCAACUAUCAUCAAAUAAGGAAAUGGAAACAUUUUCUACCUCUAUUUAUGAUGAGCAUGUGAAUGUUAAUUCAGCUUUUUAUUUUGUUGAUUCAAAAUCCAGUGUAUUUUUGUUAAGGAAUGAUUGUCUCCCGUUCUAAAGAUGUAAUAAAUUAAAAUAAUGAUUUUUGUUUCUACAUUUUAAUUAUUAGUAGCAUUGCCCGGAGUGUUGUAGCAUUGGUAAUGGUGUUUUUUAGUCAGGAUAUCAUGUACAAAUAUUUAGAAAAAAGAGUUUGGUUAUUGAAAAUUAAUUUAUAGAGUCAAACAUAAUGGUUUCAUUGAAUGCAAAUAUUGAUUUAGUUUACGAAUAAUUAUAAUUCCAGAGAUGAAAAUAUUUAAUUAGCAAAUAACUAGACCUAAUUUGUGUAACUUAUUCAGUUUUUAUUCUUACAGGCCUUCUAAAUGGUAUAACUUAGAUAUUUAGAAAGUAUUCUUGUUUAACUGGAAGUCGAUACAUCUUGAUUCUGAAACAAGAUGAAUUUGAAUAAAAUUCGCCAUUUUACGAUUCGGUCAGUAGCUGUGCCCUAAAUCUUAAAGUGCACGUAUCACUUUGGGAUCGAAACUCGAACCAUACAAAGUUAACAUUGUGUGUGUUUAUAAUUUUCUCCACCUUUCGAUCCCAUAAUGCACACAGGUGCAUGUCUCUAUUAACCUUUGUUGGUAUGUAAUUUGUAUUUUUUAGAUUGAAUUUCCAUAUAAUAUGGGAAGUUAUUUUACUAAAAUGAACCACUGAACUAUAGAUAGAAUACAAUCUAUGUACGGCUUUAAUUAAUAUAUUUUAUGAUAAAUAUGGUUAUAUUGAUCAUAAAUUAAAAAGAAAUAUGUAUCAUAACUAUGAUCACCAUGGUUAUAACCAUAUGAUAAUAAUGGUUAAUAUAACUAGGGUUAUUACCAGUUUGACCAUGGUUAUAACCAUAUGAUUGUAAUGGUUAAUAUCAUAACUAGGGUUAUUACCAGCUUAACCAUGGUUAUAACCAUAUGAUUGUAAUGGUUAAUAUCUUAACUAGUUUUAUUACCAGUUUAACUAUGGGUAUAACCAUAUGAUUGUAAUGGUUGAUAUCAUAACUAAGUUUAUUACCAGUUUAACCAUGGUUAUAAUCAUAGAUUAAGGCUGUAACCAUUGUAAACAGUGGCUAUUACAUUGAUCAGUUCCAUGCAUAUAAAAAACAUGAUGAUUUAAAAAUCGGAAGCAGGAAUAUUAUUGUUGAUAGAAGAGAAAAAAUAUUAUACAUAAUUUAUAAACAUUUCAAACGUUGGAAACUGCAUUGAAAUUCCCGGUGGAAAUCCAGUGGAUUUAGGAAAUUCUUAUUCUUGAUUUGUAAAAAUUGGUUAUUGUAUGGAGACAUGUAGAGUAUGCGUCUUUGUGCCAUUAUAAUUAUUAGAUAACGCUCUAAUAUGCACGCUCCAACAGACUUCAAGCAAUUGCUGUAAAUAAUCUUACAUUACCAUAGAAAUAAGUACGAGUAUUGGUCGCCAAAGAAGCGUGGAUAUGUUAAUUAGAUGCAAAUACAGGUGUGUCAAUGUCAAAUGUAUGGUAUACCGUACAUCAUAAGUUGUAGGCAUUUGCUUGAAUUGCUUAAAUUGUUAAAUUAUGAAAUAAUUAUUGUCUAUGGUUGUACCAACUGGACUUUUAUACUGUAACUUCCCAAAACUCUGGAGAAAAUUGUGUAUAAGAAACUGAAGAUAUCAGUCUGAGACGUGUGACAGUCACACCGUAUGUUAUGAGUAAGUUGAACUUGCCUAAGUCGAAUCCAACAUUGCAUUGAAAAAUUGUUUGACUUUAGAUAAAAUUAGAAAACACAACAAUUUGGCAUAUAAAAUAAGAUUGACUUUAUCUUUACUGAUUGACUUUAUAAGAUAUUAUUCGACUUAGGCAAGUUUAACUGUAAUGAUAAUUUACAGUUCACAUUUUACAAUAAUUUGAUGAUUAUUCCGCCGAAGGAGGACACAUGCAUGAAACAUGUUUGAUUUUUUAUGAGUCUAGCCAUGGUAGUUGACAUUCCAUCCUAUCGCCUUGUAGACAACGAUAACAUGUAAAUAAAAUGAAGAUGAACCAUUGA